CUGCGAUUGGUCCAUUGCCAAACGCCUUCUAACUAAUCAGCACUCAAGAACCGAUCGAUCGAGCUGAGCCCAGUAUAUAGGAGUAGAAAAAAAAAUAAUGGGUGUCUUCCAACAAGGCGAUGCGACGAUGAGCGUGAUGAUGAGGCCGGUGCUGCACCUCAUGGUCGGGCUGGUGCUCUACGGCGUCGCCGAGGAGAUGACCGUGCCGGCGCUCGUCGACAAGGUCACCGCCGCGCUCUGCCCCGCCGACGACAGGUCUUGCCCGGAGGCUCUCUACCUCACCGGCCUGCAGUCCUCGGUUGGAGGGAUUUUCAGGACGAUAGGGUUCACUCUGAUGGGCCAGCUGGCUGAUGAGUAUGGCCGGAAGCCACUAAUCCUUCUCACUGCAUCCACUUCCAUCAUCCCGUUUGCUGUGCUUGCAUGGAACAAUUCAAGGACUGCUGUGUAUGUCUACCUUGUUCUGCGUACCCUCUCAUUCAUGAUUGGCCAAGGAACCAUUUUCUGCCUCGCUAUUGCUUACACGGCAGAUGCAGUUGAACCAUCAAGGAGGGCAGCUGCAUUUGGCAUCAUGACUGGAAUUUUCUCUGCCGCGCACACUCUGGGGAGUGUGUUUUCAAGGUUCCUGCCUGAGAAGUGGAUUUUUGAGGUCUCAGUUGUCCUGUUGAUCUGCUCUAUCAUCUACAUGAAAAUAUAUUUGGUUGAGACAGUUCAAAGAGCUUCUACAUCUUCUCAGCAUUUGUCCAUGUCAUCUUUGCUUGUCAAGUUACCAAAAGAACGUUGGGAAUCUAUCAAGGAGAACAUUAGCAUAGUCAAAAACAGUGAAACACUUAGGAGAAUAUCAUACGCUGCCUUCUUUUAUAAAUUGGGCAUGAUUGGCAUUAGCGACGUUCUAAUGUAUUACCUAAAGUCCGUAUUCGGCUUUGACAAGGAUCAGUUCUCAGAAAUUCUAAUGGUGGUCGGCGUUGGUUCAAUCUUUUCACAGAUUCUGGUCCUCCCCUUUCUUAGCCACAUAAUUGGUGAAAAAGGCGUCUUAUGCAUUUCAAUACUCGCAUCCAUUGCUUAUGCUUUACUUUAUGGUGUUGCAUGGGCUUCGUGGGUUCCGUACUUUAGCUCUUCAUUGGGUAUCAUCUAUGUUCUGGCCAAACCAGCAAUAUAUGCGAUCAUUUCCGGUGAAGUACUCUCAACUGACCAGGGAAAAGCGCAAGGUUUUAUUGCAACUGUGCAAUCUGUAGCUAUAUUGUUGGCACCACUAUUUAUGAGUCCACUGACCUCUUACUUCAUUUCAGAGGAAGCGCCCUUCGAUUGCAAAGGUUUCAGCUUUAUUGUGGCUAGUUUCUUCUUGGUAAUCUCCUUUUGUCUUGCUUGGAUGCUUAAUCCAGGAAACAAGGACAAAGGCACAAAAUCUGUCGUUUCAGACAGCCCUGAUGAGGAAGCAGCGCAAGCACCACUAUUGGCAAAAUGGCCUAGACCAUGAGUCCACGAAACUGAACUAUAUAAUAUACAACCAGAAGGGAACCGAGUGUGCAUAAAAUUGUAGGAUAUGUGAAUUAUAGUAGUAAUAACAUAGGGCUUGCUUUGUAUUAUAGUUUAUGUACAUACACCAGAAUGAAAAGUCUGAUCACCUAUAUCAAUACCGACAAGUGUGAAGCGAUAAAUUUGAGGUUAUCUAUGUGCUAACUCAUUAUCUAAAAAAGGCUAUGUGGUAACUUGGUGCUAAAACCCAGUGUUUUGUGCAAGUGCAAUUCA